UGAUUAUUAUUAUUGUUAUUAUGAAAAAUGUCAUCAAUAGUUGAACAGAAUUUACUUUGGAAAGCAUAUCAACAACAUAAAUCAAUAUUGAAUAAUUGUUCAAUAUUUGGUUUGGAUAAACAACAGCCACAGCAACAUAUUUUCAAUACGACCGAUCAAGCUGUUAAUGAUAAAAAUAUUUUCGGCCUUAAUUUUGAUGAUGAUGAUAUCCAUUUUAACAAUAUUAGUAGUUAUAAUGAUAAUGAUAAUAAUAAUAAUGAUAUAAUUAACAAUAUAAACACGAAUCCAUAUGUACCAUGUGAUUCAAAAAUCAUGUCCGAUAUUGGAUCAAUAAUCAAACAAUUGGAUCGUUUGAUUAUAAAUGCCACAAAUAAUAAUAAUAUUAAUCAACAUCAUCAAAUUCUUGAUGAAUCAUUGAAUGAUGAUAAUCAAUCAACAUUAUUAUCAUCACAAUCAUCAUUCGGUAUUAAUCAAGCAAGAUCAGAUCAAUUUUAUAUUGAUUAUCCACAUGAUAUGUUACAUCCAUCUAUGAACCCCUCUUUUAUGCCAAUUAUCAUCACUCAUACAAUAACAUUUUUAAUCGGUGUUAUUGGUAAUAGUGUUGUUAUUGCAACAUGGUCAAUGCAUGGAAAAUUUCGUUCACCAACAGCUGUAUUUUUAGUCAGUUUGGCUAUCGCUGAUCUACUUUUAUUAUUAGUAUUUGUACCAUUAGAAACAUUAGAAUAUUUUAUGAUAACAUGGACUGGAUUAAGUUCUAUUUGUAAAAUGAUUGCAUAUGUUGAAGCAAUUUCAGCAAUGUCAACUGUAAUGAAUUUACUUGCUGUCAGUAUUGAAAGAUUUUUAGUUAUCGUUUAUCCAAUGCGGGCUCGUUCAUGGUGUACAAUGAGUUCAACUCGUAAAGGUUUAAUCAUAAUAUGGAGUUUUGCUUUUGUUCUAUCGACACCAGUUUUACUUACCAGGCAUACCAGUCAAAUAACAUAUUAUAAUAUGACCACAUCAUUAACAUUAUAUUAUUGUUUUGAUGUUGAAAAUGAUUUAACAUUUAUUGUGGCUAUUUAUCAAUUAUUAGUUAUGUUUGUAUUGCCUGCAUUGUUUAUGGUUGUUUGUUAUUAUGUUGUUAUACGACAAUUAUGGUCAAGUACACGUUCAGUAAAUAUGAUGACACAAGCUGAGAAUAAAGCCCGUCAAGCAUUUGUUAUUAAAAUGUUGGUUUUGAUAAUAAUAUUAUUUCUAUUAUGUUGGGGACCAAGAUUAAUUAUGAAUGUAUUGGUAAAAUCAGGACUAAGUACAUAUUCAUCAUGGAUUUAUAAUACACGUGUUAUGUGUAAUUUAUUAUCAUUUAUACAUUCAGCAUUGAAUCCAUUUGUAUAUGGUUUUAUGUCAUCAAAUUUUCGUUCAAUGGUUUGUUCAUCAUUUGGUCGUCGUCGUCGUCGUCUUCGUGAUCGUCAAAAAUUUAAUAAUAAUAAUAAUACGGGCAAAAAUAUUCCAUUAAAUAGUCAUCAUCAUGAUAAUUACAAUAAU